AUGGCGAACAAAAUACCACAGUUCGACGAAUUUGAUUUCACUAAGCGUUUAUUAAAUACACGACUUCCAUCACCACUGACUAUCACUGUGUCAAGCCCCCAAUUCAGAGUCUCAACACAAUUUCCAGAAAUAAUUCCAACAGACGACGAGACCAAAUUGGCUCAACCUUCUUUUGUGAUGAAAACCUCCCCACAAGUCAUUUUUAAGUCUUGGUAUAAACGUAUUGGGAUCAAUGCUACUCUAUCAAGUCUAACUCAAAUGGCACAGCUGUCUUCUUCAAAUCAAUAUGUCAACGUCACUACCUGUGCUGCGAUAUCAGGAAAGUCGUUAAGUAAAUUAGAGAUGAGUGUUGUUGCCAAACUCACUUCCAAGAUCUAUGCAGGCCUUGACUAUAAGAUGAAUGGUUCCAAAUUAGCUCCUCUCUCUGUCGAGGCUCCAAGUGGUUUAGUUGAGUCUUCCAAACCCAAACCCACUUCCCUUCAAGAAGUUCUCAAUGGUAUAAAGUCGAUCAAGUCCAAUUGUUCUGGGUUCAUAGCGUAUAGUACUUCACCACUGAAGUAUUCCUUCUAUUUCGACUUUGUCAGCAAUUGUUUAGGUAUUAAAGCAUUGGGCCAAUACAAAGGCAGUUUAUAUGCAGUUGAUUUGAUGCAAAAGAGUGGGAAAACCGAACUUUUAGUAGGAGCCAGUCGUCACGUGAAUAACGUUGGUAACUGCAAAGUCGUAUUAUCGUCAACAAAGAAGUUAGUUGCUGAAGUGUUAUAUCCGUUGACCGCUGCACUCAAUUUGAAGACACAAUAUACACUGCAAGCGGCUGGGUGGAAGGAGAGUUUAGCUUUUGGCUUUGAUUAUAACAUGGCUUGA